AUGGAUAGAAGUAUCGCCAAUUCUGCAAACUGGAUAUGCCGUGACGAACCCAGACGACCGCUUGAAGUCGUUGGUUCGUCGUUCGAGAGGGUGUCAGACAUACCGUCCAAUACUUUUCAGGCAUCCUACAGUACCUCUCCGCAAAAUCCCCGGAACUCAACUGUAUCGACGGUAUCCAGGACGAGCAAGCGAAUCUUUAGCGACUCUGCGAGUCGAAGAUCCUCAGCUUCUACCGCUGACUCGACGGUACCGUCGACUCAAUCAUUCCAGCUUCAACCUUCCAUUAGCAGCCCCCCUCCCUGGUAUUCGGACUUGCAUGGUGGCAUGACACCAGUCGAUUACAAUUACGAUCUCCCUUGCGAGUUCGUAGCUCACGGGUGUAAUCUGAGAUUUCACCCAGAGAACUACCAGGAUUGGCUUUCGCAUUCGACCUCGCACUUCAUGGGAUUUGCACCUCCACCUAGCACAAUCUGCAUAUUCUGUGACCAGUCUUUCAAGAAUCCUGAAGACCCAAAUUCGAGCUGGACAGAAAGGAUGACCCAUAUCGGAAGCCACUACCAGGAGGGUCAUGAUUUCGAAAGAUCACGACCAGAUUUUUUCCUGUUGCGGCACCUGAAAGAAUGUCGUCUCAUAACAGACGAGGAAUAUGAGUCGCUCGCGUCAUGGAGCGAGAGAAAACCUUGCGAGGGCUUGGUGGACCGUGACUUUAAGAGUCCAGAGAUGGUGGCGAGGGAACUUAGGAAUUCGAGAAUCUUUGAGCAGCCAUACGAUUCGAAGAAAGAGGAGCGACAGAGGAGGUCAGAACACGGGAAGGGGAAGAAGAAAGACAAGACGGAGACUUACCAACAAAUCCACCGACCUCAAGUCUAUCAGGAGCACCGGUCAUGA